CACAGGCGAACUCACGCUACUAGCUACAUGCUGAAGCACAACGACCCCGUGGUAAAUGUCACACAGGGUUCCCUGUCUGUAUCACUCUACACACGGAUCCAGACGGCAGGCUCCAUCACCGGCUCUCGAGGUAAGCAACACCAUGGUUUUGCGGCCAAUUCUUCGCCAUUUGACCCAGUCCAGUCUCCGCCUGAAUGACCAGUGUGGGCGACUCAACAGUACGUGGACUGUUGGGAUCCUUGUUCUGUUUUCUAUCCUGACGGGUUGCCUCCAUACGGCGUACGACCCCAUUACUUGUUGGACACCCUCCGAGUUCCAACCACAGAUGGUAAAGUAUGCUGAUAAGAUCUGCUGGGAAAGCUCAACAUACUAUGUGAGGAUUGAAGACGUAAAUAACAACAAUGAACCAUUGGCUAGCAAUCAUUCACCAAUGACGAAACCGCCGUAUCGCUGGAUACCGCUCAUUCUCCUCGUACAGGCAUUGUUGUUCAAGCUUCCUGACAUUGUCCUGUCAGUAGGACAGGGCCUUGUGGGGUUCCGAUUUACGAAGAUUUUGGGACUUACAGACGGUUACGAGACCCUUAACAUGGCUGACCGAGCACAAAUGGGGAGACAAGUAGGACGGUACGUGAAGAGCUGGAUUGAUUCCACUGUGUUGAAGGGAUGUCCGUGGGGAUGGCUUACUCUGCUGUUUCUGUUCACAAAGCUUCUUUACUUCAUCAACGUCAUCACACAAUUAUCUAUCAUGAAUGUAGUUCUGAAGGCAGAAAACCAGACUUCAUUUGGACAGCAAUUGGCCGAAGAUAUUUCGAGCAAUGAAACUUUGACUUGGCGAACCAUAGACCCUAAACUCCCGAAAAUAGUCUUAUGCGACUUUUCCAUUACGCGAUUGAGCUUCACCCACAGUUACACUGUUCAGUGUUCGUUCAACAACGUCACGUACUACGAGAUAAUGUUUGGGUUCUUGUGGAUGUGGAUGGCGAUCGUGUGUGUCAUCACGGUCUUAAGUGGCGUGGGCCAGAUUCUUAUCGUUCUAGUGCCAAUCUUUCGCAGAAGGUUUGUCAAGAGUUAUCUGUACCUGUCCGGUGAAGUGGCACCUUCUCCUUCCGACAACGACAUUGCCCGGUUUGCAGGUUCAGAGAUAACGGAGGACGGCGUAUGUAUAUUGAAGGCGAUCGGCGAGGCGUCGUCUGAACACCUGGUCAGGGAUGUAGUCCUCUAUCUGUGGUCUACCACACACGCUCAACAGAUUGAAGGGACUAGAAAUCAAUGCGUGUAUCCGCCAAACGGUAACUAUGGUAGCACACCAGAAACUCACCAAUUGCAAGAGUUCCCUCAUCAGCCAACACGUGUGGGUGUCUACCAUCAUGUUAAUGACUGAGGGCUGAAGCAUUGUUCUUAAACAUUGUAUCUUCUCGUGUUGACCUAUACGUCAUGCCAAAAGUAUACAGUGAAAUUAAUUAAGUGUUUAGACGUUCCCUAUAUAUGCGGCUGGUAGAAUUCUGGGCUUUUCGAGAUACAUGCACACAAUGAAUAAUGAUAUGUCAUUUUACGGCCAAAUUAAAGGUAAUCAGAUGUAGAAAAAUAC